AAGGUUCAAAACGAAAUUCAUUUAACCUUCACAAUACUAAUAGAAUAAUUAGAAAUAUAAAAGAAAAAGCACUCAAGGAUUUUGCAUUAAUAUCGCAAGUCAAGCGACAAGAAAUUUAUAAAGA